CUCAGACGGAGGUCUUCAUAGAUCAUGCGUCGUUAUUCAUAGGUAUUGACUGCUGAGGUCCCAAGUCGAUAGACCAUCACACUCUGAGCGCUCGAUAAAGCAACUUUUGAACCUUCUUGAAGCAAUGGCGAGCCCAACCCUCCUCUCCAUCUUCGAGCCACGCAAGGGCUACUCGCCCGUCUCGCCAGCGAUCAUCAUCCCAUCAACCUCGGGCAAGCAAUCCGACCAUGUCAUCUUCUCGUACCAGCGCCUUCAGGAGCUUGUUCACGGACUGCAGCUGCAGAUUGCCGCUUUCGGGUUCCAAUCAGGCCAGACGGUUAGCUCGAGCUUGGUCAAUGGAAUCGAAUUCACGGUCGCUUUUCUGGCGACCGGUGCCGAGCAGCUGAUUGCAGCACCGCUCAACCCUGCCUACUCGAAGGGCGAAGUGCUGUUCUACCUACAGGACACCAAGUCUCAGCUGUUGAUUCUCCCGUCUGGCUCUAUCUCCUCCAAUACUGCAGCAGUCCAGGCGGCACGCGAAAUAAAUGUUCCUGUCGUAGAAAUCACCUACGAUGCGUCGGAAAGAAGCAUCAAGCUCACAAGAGACAAUGGCCAGCAGGUCCCACGUGCAGCUGCAGUUCGAAUGCCCUCACCCGACAAUACGGCGCUCGUCUUACACACCUCCGGUACGACAGGUAGGCCCAAAGGCGUACCCCUCAACCAUCGUAACCUCAGUCGGACCAUGUCCAACAUCAUUGCUACUUAUCGACUCACCCCUAACGACAGAACAUACCUUGUGAUGCCACUCUUCCACGUCCACGGUCUCCUCUGUGGCCUUCUUGCGACCCUUCUUUCGGGAGGCAGUGCAGUGAUACCGCCCAAAUUCAGCGCCAAUGCGUUCUGGAAGCAGUUCAUCGAAGAGCGUUGCAACUGGUACACGGCAGUUCCCACGAUCCACCAGAUGCUGUUGUCAACAGCAAAGCCCAACCCGCUACCGAGGAUCCGCUUCAUUCGCUCCUGCUCUUCCUCACUCAGCCCGGCGACGUUUCACGCGAUCGAAGAGGCUUUCCAGGCACCUGUGCUAGAGGCGUACGCCAUGACCGAGGCAGCGCACCAGAUGACGUCGAACCCGUUGCCGCCGGCGAAGCGCAAACCUGGCAGCGUCGGUCUCGGCCAAGGGGUCGAAGUCAAGAUUCUGGACCAGACGGGUAAGGAAGUACCGCAAGGGAAGGAAGGCGAGGUGUGCGUGCGUGGGCCAAAUGUGACGAGCGGCUACCUAAACAACCCAAAGGCAAAUGAGGAGAGCUUUGUCAAGUCGCCCAAGGAGAACGAGGGCUUCUUCCGCACGGGCGACCAGGGAAAGAAGGAUGAGCAUGGCUACAUUGUCCUCACCGGGCGAAUCAAGGAGCUUAUUAACCGUGCCGGAGAGAAGAUCAGCCCGCUCGAGGUGGACGCGGCGCUGCUUGCCGUGCAAGGCGUCGAUGAGGCGGUCAGUUUUGCGGUACCGGACAAGACUUACGGUGAGAAGGUUGGCGCGGCGGUUGUUCUAAAGACUGGGGCCAGCAUCACGGAGGAAGGCAUCAAGCAAGGGCUCAACGGCAAGCUGAGCAAGUUCAAGAUUCCAGAGCAGAUCUUCAUCACUGCGCGCAUCCCCAAGACUGCCACCGGAAAGAUUCAGCGACGCAACGUCGCCGCGACUUUCCUGAAGCAAGGCAAUGCGAAGUUGUAAAAUGUCCCUAAUGUCACUUUCUGUGUUCUGUGCAUCAACUCCUUGUGGUUGUAUGCAGGCAUAGAAAAUCGGCGAACACUUUUUUGGGUCAUCGUCUUGUUCUCAUUCGCAACAUCUCUUUCUUGUGAUAC